AGUAGUGUAAUUGGAAUUUCAGAAUUGAAUAUAUUUCUGUUGAAUUAUCGAUAGACGGUUAUGAAUAAUAAUUUAUUUAACGAAUAUGUUUUAGUAUAGAUUGUCAAUGUGAAACAUGAAACAAUCCCGUUAAAGUUUAGUGAUAAUAUCGAUAAAUUUGUUUAACAUUCGCACCCCUAAUUGGAAACUGAAGUUCCAUGGUCUUCACGCGGACGGAUAAUCAUAUACUGAUUUAGUUUGUAAAUAAUUUAAAUUCUUUGUGUUUAUGAAAUAACCUAACAGUGGUUGGAAAUACUGAUUUUGUUAUAUAGAGGAAAAGAUGAAGGUUACGAAACAUAAGAAAGCUCGUAAAUAUAUGAGUUUUUAUAUGAACAAUUUCGGGUUCAGAGAACCCUUGCUAGUGAUAGUUGACGGAACAUUUGCCAAUGCUGCCUACAAAAUUAGACUACAAAUUGAAGAUCAGCUCAAAAAAUACUUCCAAUGCGAGCUAAAGUUAAUAGUAACAGCGUGUAUUAUUACGGAAACGGAAAGUAUAGGUGGACCGCUUGUGCCCGUUUGUCAGCUAUUGAAAAAGUUUCUGGUUCACAAAUGCGGCCAUGAAAAGCGACCGAUUUCUGGCAUGGCGUGCAUACGUGCCAUGACCAAAACCUGUAAUUACAUCGUCGCAACGCAGGACCGAGAUUUGCAGGAGUGGAUUCUUUCUCGAGCCGGUAUUCCUCUUUUCUAUCUGCACAAUAAUCAAGUUCCGACAUUGGUACAGCCAUCAGAUGCAAGUGUAAAAGCUGCUGCUAAGAAACUGCACAGUCGGGUACACGUUCGGGAGGUAGACGAGAAAACUUUGAUCAACUUGAAGCGGAAAGAGGGACUUGUAUCUGAAAGCCAAACGCAACCAAAACGAAGGAAAAAGGUGAAAAACCCAAAUCCACUGUCUUGUAAGAAGUCGAAGAAAAAGAAAAACGUUACAUCUUCCCAUGAAAUUCCGGGUGUUCAAAGUCAAUCAAUCGAAACAAGAAAACGAAAACGAAUAAAGCUUCCCAAACAUGUCAUAGAGCAGCACUUUAAAGCCGGGGGAGUAGAAGGUACAGUCUAGCAUUUUGUUGAUAUAAUUUUUUUGCAAAUAAAACACUAAAAUUGUGACUUCAAACGAGCUUGAAUUUUCAUUGAAAGCCUAGUAGGUAUGAUGGCACAUUAGUGGGUAUGUGAUAUAUAAUUUUCCAUUAUAAUGCAUUUUAACGUUAUUUCACCAAUAGUUUUGUAUUUCAUUUUAAUGAAUAUAGCUUUUGAUUGGAAGUUGUCUGAAA